ACUCCACAUUGACUAUGGCCUCCAUCAAGAUCAAUCUCGCCGUGGACAGGUCCCGGAACCGCGUGCUGUUCGCCGACGCGGGCUCCGACUUCGUCGACGUCCUCCUCACCUUCCUCACACUGCCGCUCUCCGCCAUCCAGUCCUGCUCGGCAGGCGCGACAUGGCCAGGAUGCCUCUCCAACCUCUGCGACGGCGUCGAGCGCCUCAGGAACAGCAGGCUGCUCAAGGUUGAGGCCUGCCAUGGCAUGCUUCUCACACCCGCUCACACCGACGAGUUUGAGCUCUGUAAGUCAGCCAACAGUUGCUGCAACGAAGUCGUUAUCAAGGGCUCCAAAUGUUGCGUACGCAUGGCCAGACUCCUGCAUGUCUACAACCAAGCAGCAGGCAGCACAGAGACGUUUGUAAGCCGCAAAGAACGGUUUGUGAUUAGUGAUGACAUGACAGUCAAACCGGCAUCCGCCAGCAGCCUGCAGUCGCUGCCUCAAGCGUUCAGUUCCGAUGGGAUCGGCCAUGGCUUCGAGGAGGUCCAAGUGAGCGUCAGCUGGGAGACUGUUUUGUUUAUGUUCAAGGCCUCCCUUUCUUCAGAUACAGUACUCACUGAUGCAUUUCUACCAAAUCUGCUAACUGACUGUCAGAAACAGGCUGCUGGUGUUUCUAUGAAACAGAUCACCAUCAAUCAGAAAAUGCUACCGUUCGAUCAAUAUUCUGCAGGCUCUUCACCAGAAAGCAAGAUCAAGAUCUUCUAUCACACCGAUGAAAAGAAGGUCAUGUAUGCCGAAUGCAGCCAUGAGUUCGUCGACCUGCUCCUCGGUUUCCUGACUUACCCUAUCAGCUCAGUUAUCCUUUAUACCAACACGGGGGCUGGCACUCCCCAUCUUGGCACGUGCCUUAACAAUCUCUACAAAAGUGUUACCGGUCUCGACGAGGGUGGGUGCUUAACAGGUGCCCUCACCAAGAAUAAGUUGCUGAAUCCAAGCCUUAGACCGUUCGAUCUUUUGAGCAACCUUGUGUGUCGGGCACUAGAUUGCCAGUGUUUGAAAGAUACGAUGCCAGAGUUAGCGUGUUUUUGCUGCCACCCUGAGCUUGUUGAAGAUGGAAGGUACGUCGUAGGCGAUGAUCUACUUAUACAUCAGGCGUCUGCCAUGUCUCUGAUGAAGCAUUGGUGUGGGAGAGACAAGGCUAUGGUACUGGAGAUGGGCAUUAUCGUCAGGAAGCCGGAGGCAGUUGCGCUACUGCGAGCCGUGCUUACUUCGAAGUCGGUGCUCACCGACGUAUUCAUCGACAGGCUGGAGGAACAUUUCUCGCAAAAGAAGAUACAGAUAUUCGCUAAGAUCCCUGGGGGUAAGACGAUAACCGUGGAGGUUGCAAGAGCCGACACCAUUGCGACUGUCAAGAGCAGGAUCAAGGAUAAGGUGUCCAUUGCAGCAGGUUGUCGUCAUGAGUUGGUCUACGGUAGCAGAUAUCUGAAAGACCGGUGCACCGUUGCCGAAUGCAACCUCGUCAGAGAAUGUACCGUCACCUGCGAAUUCUACAAGAAAUGA